AUGGAGGUGGAGUACGUAGAGGGAGCGGCGGAAACGGGUGGGAGGUCGGCGGAUGUUGUGAACGAGGGAGGGGAGGAUGCCAACGAGGAGAGAUUCGGCAUGGAGGUGGCUCGCGGGGGGAGUGAGAAGGUUGUGGUCGGCGAUGUGGUUGGCGACGCGAAGGAAGCUGUCGACCUCGAGGCCAUUGGAGAAGGGGACAAUGUCGCGGCCACGAAGCUGACGGGCGUGGACGGGCCUACCGAGACCACCGCAGGGAAGGCCGGAGGGGAGCGGUCUAGGGUGAAGAAGGCGGCACGCGAUCAUCCCGUUUCCGCCGCAUCUGGUCGGCAGGCACCGCUGGACGUCGUCGAGCAGCUGCGACAGGAGAACAGGCGGUUGACUGCAGAAAAUGCCCGUCUGGAGAAGACGCACAGAGAGGAAAGGGGUCGGGUGGACAGGUUUGCAUUGGGGAUACGUGGACUCCUCGACAAGCUUCAGUCGUUGGCCGACCAGGUCGCCGUCUCUGACCAUAAUGCGGCAAAACGGCUGCUAGAUGCGACGUCAGCCGUGUCGACAACCAUCACGGACAACAUCACCAACCACAUGGACGAAUCGUGGAAGGCGAUGAAGUCCUUCGCGGAACAGGCGUCGACGUGGUUGGGGGAAAUCGACGGUCCGGAGGGAAGUAUGGCAGUUGAACGCGCAAAAGCGGUCACCGCCUUGGCCAACCACUUGGAAGUGGUGGUGGACGAUGCGAAGCUGGGUUUGGAGGACUCGAAGCACCUAGCCGCCGCACAGACCAACAUUGCCGCCGCGGUAACUCGCACCAUCGCCGUUCCGCCGCCGCCCCCGCCACAGCCCAUGCCAGCCUUCCCGGACGAGCUCAUGAAGUUGUUCAAGGCGGACGUGUUGAAGGCGGUGACGGAGGCCACCCAGCAGUCGUUUGUUGCGUCCGGGUUAAAGCUCAUGACCGAGGUGAUCGGCAAUGUGACGCCUGGUCAGCGUGGGUCGUCGCCGUCGGCCAAUGACGCCAAUCCCGCGCAACGAAGGGAGGCCGACAAGCAGGGCCAGAAUAGGGCGGGCGGCGGAGAUGAUGCGGGGAGCGUGAAGCGGAGCAAGGGAGCCGAUGGGAGCCGCGUUGUUGGCGCGGAUGCUGCGGCUAACCGCGAUGGUCUGUCCGCCACUAAGGUGCCCGCAGCGGCGAACGCGCUCAGGGAAAUGCUCCACCGCAUGGAGGCCCAUCGCAAGGACGUACAGCAGCCUCCCUUGGUCGAUGCUGCCCCCGCCGAAACAGCACGUCGCUCGGUCACUCCGCAGGUCGCCGCCACAACGCCCAGUGCCCCACCUACCGCGCCUCUAGUCGCCGCCCGUCCUCCUGCGGACCCAAAGUCCGCAUUGCUUCGCGCCCGGCUAGGCGCACGUAGUGCGGCAGUGCCAACACAGACUCAGCCGGAAGCCAGCUCAAGCGCGACGCCGACGUCUGUGAACGUGGCGGCGGAGAAGGGCGUGAGGGCAGCGCUAGCCACUGGCGGCGGAGCCGUUGACCCUGCACAUGCGUCGAAAGGUCACAACGACGCCGACAUUUCUGCCAUCCAGAACCUGUUGGAAGUGGUAAAACGCCCCGGGCACCCCCCUGCUCUGGCCAUCUCGGACACGGCGCAUGUGGAGCCCUCUUCGAGUCCCCUUGGUGGUUCAGCGGAGCCAAAGACGACCAUCGAUGCUGUCGGCGAGGGAGAGUCAAAACAGAAGGGGAAGGCCGACACAGGGAAAGGGAGGGCGAGCUCUCAGAGGAAAAUACGGGCGAUGUCGGCGACGAAGGAGAUGUCGGCCGAGACAGGGAUGGAGAAGGCGAAGGAGAAGUCGGCGGAGAAAGGGAAGGAGAAGGCGGAGGAGAAGUCGGUUGCCGAGGGUACGUCGGCGAAGAAAGGGAAGGAGAAGGCGGCAGAGAAGGAGGAGAAGGCAGCGGAGAAGGAGAAGGAGAAGAAGAAGGAGAAGGAGAAGGAGAAGGAGAAGGAGAAGGAGAAGGAGGAGAAGGAGAAGGAGAAAGGGCGGAAGGGUCAUGGCAUCCGCCAUGACAACUCGGGCGACGGUUUAGGGUGGGUGGGCGAUAUUAAGGUGCUCGGCGCUAAUCGAUACAUCGGCAAGUCGCGCGACAAGAUGGAGUUGACGUACCUGCACUCAAUUGUGUACAUCGUCAGCAAGGUCCUCAUGGCCGAGCUCACCGGCUUGGAGGAAACCGAGUUGGAGAAGUGGAGGAAGGUGUGGGAGGAGGUCAAGAUUUUGCCGACAAGGAUGUGGAUGGUGAUAUGGGCACGGGGCGCGUACCUUCCAAAAACACGGUAA